AUGGCAACUGAAGUCGCAUUAUCAGCAUCUAACACAGACAACACCAUCUAUGUCUGGGACAUUCGAUCUGGAUCCAGCUUGUUUUCAUUCAAGCAAAGCAUGUCGCAGAAGGGCGGCCUCGCACUAGUGUCAAAACCUGGCGCCAGCUUUCAGAUCGGUUCCAUUGUCACUGCUCAAACUGAUCGUGCUAUUCUCAACGUCUAUCAAUGGCAGCGCGAUCAAGUACUCCAUAAAAUGAAUACUGCUGAAAAGAUGGUCAGCGUUGCAUCUUCGCACCAAGGUCAAUACUUGGCUGCUGCCACUGUCAGUGGAAAAGUGUAUUUAUGGCAUGUGCCUACUGGACAUUUAAUGCGUGUAUUCGAAGCUCACUACCGUCGCAUCACUCGCCUUGCAUUCAGUAAUGACGAUUCCACAUUACUAACUGCUAGUGAAGAUGCCGCUGUCAAUGUUUGGCUAUUGGCACAUCUUCUUUCGCCUGUCAGUGCCGAUGGAUAUGAGGAUAUUACAGCUCGUCCCGCCCCAUUAUACUCUUGGUCUGACCAUACCUUACCUGUAUCUGAUAUCUAUAUCGGCAACGGUAAUCUAUCAGGUGCUCGUGUGUGUACAGCAAGCUUGGAUCAUACUGUCAAACUCUGGGAUCUUGCUACAGGCCAGCUUUUAACUACCUUUUUAUUCCCCAAAGCUGUGUCGAGUGUCAUUAUGGAUCCUUCAGAAACCACUAUUUUUGCUGCCUGUGAAGACAAAAUUUAUUCUGUGGAUUUAUACAAACGUCGUCAGGAUCAAUCUUACAAGAUCAACACUGUAGAGAGUUUGGGCGGCAUGAGUCGAGUCGAAUCUAUUGGUAUCAAGUCAACCACACCUAACAUGACAGGCGAUCAAGGAAAAUCUGCCAUGUUGGGAUCUGUGUUUAUCGGACAUACAGGCGAAAUCAACUCACUUACUUUAUCAUUCGAUGGCACCAUCUUGAUCUCUGGUGCAGAGGACGGCAAUUGCAUUGUGUGGGAUGUGUUGAGUAGACAGCCUUUACGCAAAUUUGAAUCACACAAGGGCCCUGUCAGCCAUGUCGCUUGCUUUUUGCGACCUAUUGAAUUACAUCCAGAUGCCCCCACUCAAAACAUCAUUCCAAUGCCCUGGAAACAAUUGAAGCGUGCUAUGCCUACAACAGAGGAGGAGCAUCGUGAUGCCAGUCAACAGACGAUUCAAAACACAAGCAUUGACUUGAAUGCUCAUCAGCACCUGGUGGAAUCUGGUCCUGCUUACUCUUCUCUUACAACAGAGUUGAAGCCUAUUCAAAAAGCGUCCAAUGCCAUUAGAGACAUGAAGACCGAUGAUUCGAGUGCUGGUUUACAGAAUCAAGUCAAUGCACUUCAAGCAGAACUGAUGCGUUUGAAUGAACAUCAUUUAAAGUCGAAAUCAUUACACAACGAAAUGUAUACACUUGUUGUGGAUAAAUUCAUGGAGGAGAGACGUAAUAAGAGAAAAUUAGAUCAAGAAGAUGAAGAAGAAGAGGAGGAGGAGGAAGACGAACAAUAG